CCUUGUGGGCCACGUUGUGAGCGCUUCUUUACUCCGUUGAACACGACCAAAUCUCUCCGGCCGCCGUUGUUUGCUCUCUCAGAUCAAAACGACUCUCUCCUCCUCCACAGAGAUUGAGAGAGAGUCAACCUCUGUUUCUCAAUUGCGUCAGAUGGGAAGGAGGCCAAAUGAGGCGGGCGGGCGGCCCUUAUUCUGGAUCCUCGUCGCGGCAGUGCUCAUCUCAUGCGCGCUGGCCUACCUCGGCCUGUCGACGGCACUCCGCCGGCAGGAAUCUCGCUUCCUGGGGCUGCCGAACGACGGCUUGGAGCUGGAGGGGACAGGAGCCGGCGGAGGUGACGAGGAUUGCUGCAGGGGACAGGAGCAUCUGGAGCUCUGGGGGCCCGCCGUCAAGUGGGGCGCCGAUCACAAGUUCAACUCGUCCAGAGAUUGCUGCCGCGCUUGCAAGGCCAUGUGCGGCAGUGUGGGGCCGUGCCUCUGUAACUCCUGGGUGUUCUGCGGGGAUAGGGAGCGGUGCGGCGAGAGAUUCGGAGAGUGCUGGCUGAAAAAACAGGAGGAUGUCCUGCUUCCUGCUCUGCAUGAUUUGGGGGAAAAAGUGAUAUGGACUUCUGGUCUUAUUUAUGGAAUAGGAGAGGGCAUUGUUGGUUUGGAAACAGAUUAUGGAACUCUUCAUAUUAAACUUUUCCCUGAUUGUGCACCUCAUUCUAUCACCUACAUUCUUGAGCUGUUGCGAUCACAUCGUUGUGCUGGUUGCCAAAUUUAUCGUGCUGAAAGUCGAGGCCCCUCUUGGGAUCCUAAAGGGGACCACCUAUCAUACGCUUCUUUUGGUCCUCCUUAUGCUUUGGUUCAAGGAACACUGGAAGCUGAAGGAGUCCAGUUUAAGAAGUUACCGUUGGAGGCAUGCUCUACAAUAAAAAGAGGAUCGGUUGCAUGGAUUGACUCUGGCCCUGAAUUUUUUAUCAGCUUAGCAAAUCAUGACGAGUGGAGAAGAGCAUACACAGUGUUUGGUGCCAUUUUGCCCGAAGACAUGGAGAUUGCAGAAAAAAUAGCUGGCCUUCAAACGAGGUCGGAUGUGUGGAACAACAUCGAUGUAUUGGUGCUGGAAAAACCCAUCUAUCUGAAGCUCAAGCGAAUAACAAAUUUAGGUGCAAAUGGGCCAUAGACAAAUUUUUUGCCUAGCCUGAUUGGGUUCCAUGAUAUCAUUGUGAUCUGGUCUUUUGUUCCUUGAAACAGUCAGCUUUUAUAGAGUCUGUAUAUAAAAGAAAAGAAAAAGGUUGUACUCAACAGACAAAAUCUUGUUCUACAACAACUAUAUGUAAAGGAAGAAAUGACAAAUGAAAAGAGUGACCCUCAGCAAUUUUAC